GCUGAACCAAACAAUAUGUCACGAGAUGGGAUCCCAGUUUUCAUGUUUGCAUGUGAAACAGCAGCAGAGAAUGAAGAUGCAUGUUUGCUGCUACUUGAAAAGGGAUCUGAUCCCAACGGUAAACAAGAGAAAACUGGGAAGACAUGUUUGAUGGCCGCUGCCCUGAGUGGCAGUGUGAAGGUGGUCCGAGCAAUACUAGAGGCAGGAGGUGAUGUGAAUAUUCUGGAUAUACAGCACACACAUGCUUCCCACUACGCUGCCUUGACUGGUGGGUUUGAUGUGCUGGCCUGUAUGUCCGCAUAUGGAGCAGAGUUUGACCAAUGUAACAACAAAGGCAAUACACCUAUACACAAUGCUGCUCUUAACGGCCAUGCCAUGUGCUGUAAAUUCUUAUCACAAAGAGGCUGUAAUCCAAAACCAAAGAACAAUGAUGGUGAGACUGCAAAAUCUUUAGCUAAAGAAAAAGAACACAAAGAAGCUGGAAAGGAGUUACGGAAAGCGGAGAAAUCCUUUGGAAAAGUAGGCAAAAACAACGAACCAUGGGCAAUAGUGCUGUAUGACUGGGUAAUGGAACGUUCAUCUAAAAUCCUAAAUGCUUUUAAAAGAUAUGAUCCAGAUGAGAAAGGUACAAUUCAUAAGGAUGAAUUUUCUGAUACUCUUGUGGGAAUGACGGCUCCUGCAGAAGAGGCAGACAUUGUUAAAGUGAUGACACUUCACGACAAAGCAAGAGAUGGAAAUAUUGACUAUAAUGACUUUUUUACAGGGAAAAAAUGGAUAAAUAAAAAUUAUCUAAUGAGUGCGUUUGAGGGUAAAAAGAAGAAGAAGAAGAAGGGUGGUAAGGGAAAGGGUAAGAAAGGUAAGUUUAAGUUGGCCAUGCCUAUCUGUACCGCUGAGGACGGGCCUCGGACAUAUGGUGGUGCUCCGCCCGAAAUGUUUAUAGAAAGACAUAUACAUUUUACAGACACUGGUCGUUUUGACCGUGACAGACCUCCAAAACACCCUCUACAAGAUGAUUCAGCAUGGUAUCUUCAGCAUCCGGAGAAGAUGUACAUCAAUAUCAAUGAUGCAACAAAGAAUGGUGACUUUGAUUCUCUAAAAGGUGCCUUCCAAAAAGGCACCCCAGUGGACACAAGAGAUAAAUAUUACAAAACUCCACUCAUGGUGGCAUGUGCCAUUGGCAACAUCGACAUGGUCAAGUUCCUCCUGGAAAAUGGGGCUUACAUCAAUGCCAGGGACAAUUUUAAGUGGACGCCCCUCCAUCAUGCUUGUCAUUCAGGACAGCUGGACGUUGUGUCAUUCCUACUGGACAAUGGAGCAGAGUUGGAGGCCCACACAAUGAACGGGGGCACACCCUUAACUCGUGCAAUAGAGAGCUCCAGAGAACACCUUGUUACUUACCUGGUAGAUAGGGGAGCCAAGCUUCAAACUGAAAAUAAAAAAGGUCAUGCUCCACUUGACAUAGCCAAUGCCUGGGCAGACCCACGGGUCUUAGAGUUCAUGCAGUCUAGGUGUGAAGGUUUGCCGACUGGAGAUAAGAAAGGCAAGGGCAAAGGCAAGGGCAAGGGAGGUCAGAAAUCUGCCCGUCCAACCUCUGUACCACCUCCAGACAAGGAGAAUACAGGACCAAUUCCAUUUAGUGCUUCGGGUGAUGAUCUUCCCUCACGCCAGAGAAAGGGCUCAAUUUUGCGUGCAGCUUCUGCCUUAGCCAGUGGAGUGGAUGAAGAGGAGGAUAUCACAUAUGUUCCACUCAAAGCAUGGACGAAACAGCCGACCUCACAAGAACUGAUACACGAAAAACAAGUCCGAAGAGACAGAUAUGGUUGGGAGGUGGACUUUCCUGACUUUGAAAUGCCUUUCCUGAAAAACGUUACGAAGAAAAACAUUGCCAUGGGAGAUGAUGAUGAUUAA